AUGGGAUCCCUCGCCAAUAACAUCGCGGCCGUGGCGGCCGUCCUGGCGGCGCUCGUCGCCGGCGGCUCGUGCGGGCCCCCGAAGUUCCCGCAUGGCCCCAACAUCACGGCCAACUACAACGGCCUGUGGCUUCCCGCCAGGGCCACCUGGUACGGCCAGCCCAACGGCGCCGGCCCCGCCGACAACGGCGGCGCGUGCGGGAUCAAGGACGUCAACCUGCCGCCCUACAGCGGCAUGACGGCCUGCGGCAACGUCCCCAUCUUCAAGGACGGCAAGGGCUGCGGCUCAUGCUACGAAAUCAGAUGCAAGGCGCCAGACGAGUGCUCUAACAACCCGGUGACGGUGUUCAUCACCGACAUGAACUACGAGCCCAUCGCCCCCUACCAUUUCGACCUCAGCGGCAAGGCCUUCGGCGCCCUGGCCAAGCCCGGCCUCAACGACAAGCUCCGCCACUGUGGCAUCAUCGACCUGGAGUUCAGGAGGGUGCGGUGCAAGUACGUUGGCGGGCAGAAGAUCGUGUUCCACGUGGAGAAGGGGUCAAACCCCAACUACCUGGCGGUGCUGGUGAAGUUCGUCGCGGAGGACGGUGACAUCGUGCAGAUGGAGCUCAAGGAGAAGGAGACGCCGGAGUGGAAGCCGAUGAAGCUCUCGUGGGGCGCCAUCUGGAGGUUUGACACGCCCAAGGCGCUCAAGGGCCCCUUCUCCAUCCGCCUCACCAGCGAGUCCGGCAAGAAGCUCGUCGCCACCGACGUCAUCCCGGCGAACUGGAUCCCCAACACAGUCUACAAGUCCAACAUCCAGUUCUAG